CAGCCUGUGAUUGGCGGAAAAUAAAUUGUAGCCGAUAGUAUGUGAACUCUGAUAAGGCGCGUUUUAUAUAGUUUAUCCUCAAGAGCCGGUUCUCAUUUAGUGAGGUGUGCUUGACCGAAGCAGCACGAGUCGUACCUAGUCAUUAACUUAUUAUUUAACAACUAAUUCAAAAUGUGCGACGAGGAAGUUGCUGCGCUGGUAGUAGACAAUGGAUCCGGUAUGUGCAAGGCCGGGUUCGCGGGCGACGAUGCGCCCCGUGCCGUGUUCCCAUCCAUCGUGGGCAGGCCGCGCCACCAGGGCGUCAUGGUCGGCAUGGGACAGAAGGACUCGUACGUAGGUGACGAGGCCCAGAGCAAGAGAGGUAUCCUCACGCUCAAGUACCCCAUCGAGCACGGCAUCGUCACCAACUGGGACGAUAUGGAGAAGAUCUGGCACCACACCUUCUACAACGAGCUGCGUGUGGCGCCCGAGGAGCACCCCGUGCUGCUGACGGAGGCCCCCCUCAACCCCAAGGCCAACAGAGAGAAGAUGACACAGAUCAUGUUCGAGACGUUCAACACGCCCGCCAUGUACGUCGCCAUCCAGGCUGUGCUGUCCCUGUACGCGUCCGGUCGUACCACCGGUAUCGUGCUGGACUCCGGCGACGGUGUCUCGCACACCGUGCCCAUCUACGAGGGUUACGCGCUGCCGCACGCCAUCCUGCGUCUGGACUUGGCCGGCCGCGACCUCACAGACUACCUGAUGAAGAUCCUCACCGAGCGCGGCUACUCGUUCACCACCACGGCCGAGCGUGAGAUCGUGCGCGACAUCAAGGAGAAGCUCUGCUACGUCGCCCUCGACUUCGAGCAGGAGAUGGCCACCGCCGCCUCCAGCAGCUCCCUGGAGAAGUCCUACGAACUUCCCGACGGACAGGUCAUCACCAUCGGUAACGAACGUUUCCGUUGCCCCGAGGCUCUCUUCCAGCCCUCAUUCCUGGGUAUGGAAGCCAACGGCAUCCACGAGACCACCUACAACUCCAUCAUGAAGUGCGAUGUUGACAUCCGUAAGGACUUGUACGCCAACACAGUUCUGUCCGGAGGUACCACCAUGUACCCUGGUAUCGCUGACCGUAUGCAGAAGGAGAUCACAGCCCUGGCCCCGUCCACAAUGAAGAUCAAGAUCAUCGCGCCCCCAGAGAGGAAGUACUCCGUAUGGAUCGGAGGAUCCAUCCUGGCUUCCCUCUCCACCUUCCAACAGAUGUGGAUCUCCAAACAGGAGUACGAUGAGUCUGGCCCCUCUAUCGUCCACAGGAAGUGCUUCUAAGCGCCAAGUAAGACUAUUCCUAAUUUAUGAUGCCCUACACCAGGCCCCUGAAUGGGCGGCUCAAAUUACGCUUGUGAUCUUUUAUUUAAGUUCAGUAUUUAAAAAUAGGCUGUAAGGUAUCGUAAUAUGCAUAUUACGUAAUAAUGAAUGCGGAACAUUGUCGAUUCCGUAUUUUUGACAAAGAUUUUUAUUUAUUUAUAAAUCGUUACUAACCUGAACAUUUUUAAUAAAAGAUAAUUUAUAUACCGGUAUAAA